AUGCUAAAUCCACUUUCACACCAACCCUUGCCUCCAUCUCCACCAUAUAGUGGCGAGGAUUCCCCUUCUCCUGCGAUAGUACAUCUUAUUCCGCCUAAUGGCAUAUCAACACCAGAUAGGACUCCUUCCUUGAGUUCCUCGUUCGGUGAAACGCUUCCUCACAAUCACUCUGGUCCUAGCCAUCCAAAAAGUCACAACACUACUGACAACACCAAGAGACAAACAAGUACAAGCGAUGGAUCAUCAAAAGGGUCAAGAAAGGUUAUAGCUACAUUGGAAGAUUUUCAACUGAUUAGAGUUCUGGGUAAAGGUUGUGCAGGUAGAGUACUACUAGUAAAAUAUACGCCUACGAACACAAUCCGAGCAAUGAAAGCUAUAUCGAAAAGAUCAGUUCUAACACACAAUGAGAUGAAUCACACUUUAACCGAACAAUCCAUCUUGAGAAAAUUUGCAGUGGAAGAACCAAACAAUCGAUUCAUAUCGAAGUUACAUAACUCAUUCACGGACAGAGAAAACUUCUAUUUCGUCAUGGAAUUUUAUCCAGGUGGUGAUCUAGCUACUCAAAUGGAAAUUCAUGGCGUAUUAGGUGAUCAUAGGACGAGAUUCUAUGCUGCGGAUAUCACACAAGGCUUGGAAGAUUUGCAUCGACAUGGUAUCAUUGAUCGUGAUCUGAAACCCGAGAAUAUUCUUUUGAAUGCAAAAGGUCAUGCUGUGCUCGCCGACUUUGGAUUAUCCAAAGAAUUCUUAUAUAGAGGUGAUCCGAAACCGAUACAUGUGGUUACAUAUCCUGGUCAGCAUGAAUUACCUCCUUGGGCUGGAAAAGGCGCUGGAAGUUUGAGGGAAUUAGCGAGCGGACAAAAGAAACUGAUAAUUGAUAAAGCCUACUCUUUUGUGGGAACCUCAGAAUACCUUUCACCUGAGGUAGUCAAGAGAGGAGAUUACUCUUACGCGGUAGACUGGUGGGCAUUAGGAUGUAUAGUGUUGGAAGGACUUGUAGGACGAGUGCCAUUUCGAAAGGCCGACGAUGAGCCUCCUAUGAUACUAUGGAACAGGAUACUCUGUGAUCCAUGGGACGAGCUCUUUCUCGAACCCAAAAUGGCAAGGUUUAUGCCUGAUCCUGUAACCUACAGCUUUAUCGACGCGUUACUGCAAAAAGACCCGAUGUGGCGAUUGACCGAGCCUUGUGUCAAGCAGCAUGACUACUUUUCGCUUCUUGAUUGGGAUACGGUGAAGAAAGGAGAAUACAAAGAUCCACACGGACUACACCUUCACCCUGUGGCGGAGUAUAAUACGAGAUACUUCCCCAAACUAUGUUUGGAGGAAGAUCCUUCGGUUGACAUGUCUACCCAUGAUAUUCGAGGUGAAGACCACUAUCAGAAAACGCCUCUGAACGAUAAUAUAUUAUAUGCUUUGGAGCAAGCUAAAUAUCGGAAAGAAUUAGCAGAUUUUGCUUGGAGCAGGGACGAAGAUGGGUAUGAGACUGUUGAAGAGAGCGAGUUGGAGCUGGAAGAGAGCGUAGCUGGAGAAGAACCGGAAGCGGAAGAGCCUGAGCAAGGACUGGCUGAAUUAGGAUUAGGAUCGAUACAUGACACAGUAAGAGUAUCGGUCGAAGUGCUUCCAGCAGAAGUUGAAGGUGGACCGUCAACUAUGGAGAUAGAGAGAAUGUCUAAUUGCAUUGAAGAAAUGGAAGAACAAAAAUGCAAAAAUGAGGAAGACUUGACGAUCAUCGCUAAUAUCACAACAGCAGUGGAUCAAGGGGUCCAAGCACAAGCCGGUUCCCCUCUUUUGCAGGUAGAAGUUCAGCCUGACAAAGUCGCUUCAGCUAUCGACUCGGCCAACAAUGUACCCCUCAAGCCAAGCGGGCCUACCACUUCACCUGAAGGUAUUGUCGCACAACUGCUCCAAACAGCGGAGCCAAAGAAUAUGCAUCAACUAGCCAUAGCUGAUCUCCAGUUGGAAACCCCAGAUUCAUCUUGUCUUCAACAGGUUGAGAAAAUCGCUCAGUCAACCUUACCGGAACCCAAAGCUCUGCCGUCUACUCCCUUACCACUCCAACUACCAGUAUCACCUAAAUUGUCCAGUCAAGCAAUUCAAACACGACCAAUUCCGAUCCCACUUCGACCCAAACCAGUUAGACAAUUAUCGGAAGAGAUGGCACACUUAAAUCUACCUACAGGACUUCCUUCAUCGGGGUUGUCUGUAUCUGACAUCGUCAAUGUCCCAUCACCCAAUCCAGGUUCUGUUACUAGGGUAUUGAGAAGACAUCCUCAAUUACCAAGUGAAGAUACCAUUCCCAUUGCAAGAUUAUCAGUUGAAUUACAUGGAGUUAGGACUUACAUCGAUGAUGAAGAUUGGGAAGAGUUGAUUCCAGAUCCAAUCAAUCCAAAUGCAUCCGAACCAAAUGGCGGUGGAUAUUCCUUUUUGGGUAAAGUAUUAAGAAGACGUCCUUCAACUUUAGUAGGUAGUGGAUUAAGAAGACAAACUAAAAAUUCAGAUUUAUCUUCGACAACCAAAACCUCAAAUUAUAGUCCGACCAAAUCCAACGCCAUUAGACCAGUCCUGUUCUCGACUCAAUCGAUCGAAAAUACCAAAAAAGCUUUCGGUUUAAGUAAGAAGAUCAAGACUUUCCCUAAAUUCAAGUCGUUGACUAGUCCACCUUUAACAUCGUCCCUGUCAAAUCGCACGCAUCCAAUCUUGAUUGGAAAUGGUAUCCCACACAUUCAAAAUGGAAAUAAUGGUUUCAAACCGCCAUUAGGAGGUAGAAGACAUACUGAAUCAGGAUGGUUCAACAAACGAAGUAAGAAAUCAUCUUCUACACCAAAGACACAACAUCCUUCUUCAGGUCCUUCUUCACCUAUCAGAAGCCCACAAUCAGUUUCGCCUAAAAGCUCGUUAUCCGCAGCGUCAGCUAAAGGAAGAGUGAGCGUAUCUACAAAUGAUAAUGGUUUACCUACAUUACAAUUGGAUGAUGUAAAUCUCAAUGGGAAUGGAGGCGGAAUGAAUUUGGAUUGGGAACCUUUUGAUGGUAGUGAAUGGGGUGUCAAGUGA